AUGGUGUUUGCAAAUACUGUUGAGGCUGUGGAAUCGGUAGCAAAGAUAUUGAAGAGAGCUGGAAUGGAAUGUUACCAAUACCAUAAAGAUUGCUCCUUGGAAGACCGUGCAAAGACAUUGGUUGAUUUUCAAGAGAAAGGUGGCAUUUUCGCAUGCACUGAUUCUGCCGCACGUGGCGUUGACAUUCCAAAUGUAUCACACGUUAUCCAGGCGGGUUAUGCUACUUCCGCCGUGGACUUUAUACACAGGGUUGGUCGCACAGCCAGAGCUGGUCAGUAUGGACUUUUGACUAGCAUGUAUACGGAAUCUAACCGUGACCUGGUUGCUGCACUGCCUUGCGAAGAAUCAAGGAUUCAUCAGCUAAUGUGGAGAGCGUUCUCGCUUAAGAAUGGCAAGUAUGUCUGCCGAAAAAUCACACUCGUAGAUGUUGAUGAGGAUGUUAUAGCAUAA